CGUUCGCGGCCUUUCUUGGGGUUCGCGGCGGAGGGUGAUCCCGGCUCGGGUAGCACCGCAGCCUGAGGCCGAGGCUCUCCGGGUGGCUCUGCCCGGUCGCGGUGGAGCCCGGCAGCUCUCGGUACGUCGGAGCCGCGAAGGGGUCCGGAGCGGGUCCUGCCAGCGCGGGGCCGCGGCCCGCGCGCCGGAGCUCGGAUCUGCGGGCGUCGCGUUGGACGGGGAAAGGACCCGCCUCAGACCCACUUGGUCAGCACUCUGCCCCCACCACGACAGGAAAACUAAGAAGGAAGGAAUGGCCGUGGACCUGCUGCCCGCUCAGGAGUCUGUGGCGUUCAGGGACGUGGCCGUGUUCUUCAGCCAGGAUGAGUGGUUGCACCUGGACUCUGCCCAGAGACGCUUGUACCGGGAGGUGAUGCUGGAGAACUACAGCAACCUGCUCUCAGUUGGGACUCCAUUUUCAACACCAAAGGUGAUCUACCAGUUGCAACAAGGAGAAGAUCCAAGCGUGGUGGAAAGAGAAGUCCCCCCAGAUACCUCUCUCGAUUUCAAGACUUGUCCUAAAACAGAAGCAUUUCCUCCCGAACAGAACGCUUUUAUAGAAGAAACAUCUCAUGGAAUAAUAAAGGAAAAACCCAUUCGUUAUGGUGACUGGGACAUCAGCUUUGGAGAAGCUGUUGAAACUGAGAGUGGGACAGAACAGGAGCGACAGGAGCAGCCACUGAGGCAGAUGGUAGCCUCACAGGAGAAGAGCCUCCGUGGAGAUGGAAACCAUGCAGAUCUUGCACUGGGGGAAGACAUACUUGUAAAUACAGAUCUUGCCUCACAACAGAAUGUUCCUACAGAAAGGAUACCCCAUAUGUAUAACACUAUAGGGAAAGACUUUAAACAAAAUUUUGAUCUAACGAGAUGCUUCCAAGUUUACCCAGGAGCAAAACCUUACGUCUGUAAUGAGUGUGGGAAGAGUUUCACCCAGAAUCUUCAUCUUGUGGAACACCAGAGAAUUCAUACUGGUGAGAAGCCCUACAAAUGCACCGAGUGUGAGAAAGCCUUCAGCCACAGGUCGUCCCUCCUUGCCCAUCAGAGGAUCCACACUGGAGAGAAGCCUUACAAAUGCAGCGAAUGUGAGAAAGCCUUCAGCAGCAGUUCCACCCUCAUCAAACACCUGAGAGUGCACACUGGAGAGAAACCCUACCGAUGCAGAGAGUGCGGUAAAGCCUUUAGCCAGUGCUCAACCCUCACUGUACAUCAGCGAAUUCAUACUGGAGAGAAGCUCUAUAAAUGUGGUGAAUGUGAGAAGGCCUUCAACUGUAGAGCAAAACUGCAUCGCCACCAGAGAAUCCACACAGGUGAGAAACCCUACAAAUGUAGUGACUGUGGGAAAGGCUACAGCCAGUUUACAUCCCUAGCUGAACAUCAGAGACUUCAUACUGGAGAGCAGCUGUGUAAAUGCUUGGAAUGUGGGAGAACCUUCACGCGCAUCUCAACCCUUAUCGAACACCAGCGAAUUCAUACUGGACAGAAGCCCUACCAGUGUAAUGAGUGUGGGAAAGCUUUCAAUCAGUACUCAUCCUUUAAUGAACACCGGAAAAUUCAUACCGGCGAAAAACUUUAUACAUGUGAAGAAUGUGGGAAAGCCUUUGGUUGCAAAUCCAACCUUUAUAGGCACCAGAGAAUCCACACUGGAGAGAAACCUUACCAGUGUAAUCAGUGUGGGAAGGCCUUCAGUCAGUAUUCAUUCCUAACCGAACAUGAGAGAAUCCAUACUGGAGAGAAACUCUACAAGUGUAUGGAGUGUGGGAAGGCCUACAGUUACAGAUCAAACCUUUGUAGACACAAAAAAGUUCACAUUAAGGAAAGACUCUUUAAGUGGAAGGAAUAUGGGAAGACCUUCAUCUACAGCUCCUCACUUACUCAGUAUCAGAGAUUUCUCAAGGGAGAGAAUUCCUCAGAGGUUUAGUUAAUUCAAGAUUUCCACACUGGAGAAUGAUCAGGCAAAUCAUGAACAUGGCACAAACUCCUAUUAGAUCAAGUCCUUUUUACUUCUCCUGCAGGAAAUAUGCCAGCUACCAUGAUGUAAUGAUAAAAUUGAUCAACGAACAUGUAAAGAGUACUGACCUUAAAUUUUCUGAGAACCAUUAAAUUCUAAGGUUUCUAGAAACUUAAAAAUAAGUUUAAAUGCAAAGAGAAUGUAAAAGACCUUACUUUUUUAAAAGCACGAAGACCAAUUGAAUAGAAAUUUUGUUUCUUUCAUUGGAUGAUGACUCCUUUCCAAGAGUAAGUGAAUUUUCUUCUAAAAUCAGAGCUGAUAAUGUGAAUAAGUGUGAGGCCUUGUUUCCUAAAAUGGCAGGCCAGCAUAGGAAGCUCUCUCCCUCUCUCCUUUUCAUAAAAAGAAACUAAGAAUGAAAAGGAAUUUUUUUAAAAGAUUUACUUGUUUAUUUUAAAGGCAGAAUGUUAACAGAGAGGCAGAGGUAAAGCAAGAAAGAUGUCUUCCAUCUGCUGGUUCAUUCCCUAAGUGGCCACGAUAGCUGGAACUGGGCCGAUCAGGAGCCAGGAGCUUCUUUUAAGUCUCCCAUGCAGGUGUAGGGGCCCAAGGACUUGGGCCAUCUUCUACUGCUUUCCCAGGCCAUGGCAGAGCUGGAUUGGAAGGGGUGCAGCCAGGACUCAAACCAACACCCAUAUGGGAUGCCGGCACUGCAGGCAGCAGCUGUACUUACUACACUGCAGUGCUUGCCCAGAAAGGAAUUCUUUAAAUUUAACUGCUACAAAUCUCUGUGAGCUGCCCCAUCAGCAAGUUGCAUGUGUCCAUAUACAUUCAUGCAUCACUUAACAUGGGGGCAUAUUCUGAGAAAUGCAUCGUCAAGUGAUUUCAUCAUUGUGCAAACAUCAGAGCGUAUGUACACACACCUGAUGGUACAGGUCAGUCACUCAGAGAGACCUGUUGCAGCAAUGAAGAGACACAGUGAGCAUGAGGUGAAUGAGGCUAUAGCCAGCAUAAAUGGCAUAUGUACUGUUUCAUAGUAAGCUUCUGUUUCUAAGUAGGAAUAUACUCUAAAAUAACGAUGGAUAGUUAAGUAAAUCUAUAAACCAGUAAGAGUUACUUAUUGUUAUUAUCAACUAUCCUGUACUGUAAAUUAUUGUGCUAUACUUUUAUACAAGUGACAGUACCAUGGGUUUAUAUUAUGGGCAUUAUCACAAGUGAGUAAUGCAUUGUGCUGAGGCAUUGUGAUGGCAAUGACAUAGCAGGUGAUGGGAACUCUUUAGCUCCAGUAUAAUCUUAUGGGACCACUGCCACAUAUGUAGUCCAUCAGUGAUUGAAAUCAUAUUGUAUAUACAUAUAUGCAUGUGUGUGUACAUGUAUACACCUAUAUACAGAGUUUUAGAAGAUAUUUUUUUAAAGUGAUGACUUUAAAAAUGCAGUUUUUUAAACUUAGAAUUUAAUGUUUAUAAUCAUGUGGGGAUAUCAGAUGCAAUAGACUUAAAAAGAAAAAAUUUCUUUCCAAAAGGAAGCCCUCUUCCAGUUACUUUCCUAUGUUAUUUCUCAAUUUUAUAUGGUUCUGUGUAUCUGAAUAGAGUCUUCCUAUAGUACUGUAGAGGGUGAACUAGACAAGCAAGUGGAAAGACCAUCGUGCCAAUAUCUUGUAUCUGUUGUAGAAGAUAGAUAUUUGGCAGGAUCUCAGACUAUAUAUCUGGCACUCAUUACAGCCAUGAGAGAUUUUAGUUUAAUUAUAGCCCUUCACUUUACAGUGAAGAAGUUGAGUUUAGCAGAGUCAAGACCAGACUCUAGGUUUUCAGGUCUGGUACUGUGGUGAUUACAGGGUCAUUUACAACCUCAAGUUCCAAGAAUACUACUUGUUUCGUGUCCUGGCUAGACACAUGCAGCUAUUUAAUAAGUCAUCUUUUCAUAUAGGAGUAUUUCUCCUCUCCUUAAUGUUAAUAACUAACAUAUAAUCAUAAUCCUUUUUUUUGAUUAGUCUCUGACUGUACCUGCUUUUGUAACCAUACUUAAAUCCUGAAACCCACGUGAUGUCCAGAGUAUGAAAUUACUGUUGAGGCUUUCACAUAAAAGGUUGUCUUUAUUACACAUCUUUUGAAAAUUUUUUGUGUGAAGUUGUAUAUUCAUGUUUUAUUAAUUUUUUAGAUUUAUUUAUUGACUUGAGAGGCAGAGGUACAGACAGAGAGAGAAGAGAGGUCUUCAAUCCACUGGUUCACUCCCCAAAUAGCUGCAACGGUCAGAGCUGGGCCCAUUUGAAGGCAGGAGCCAGGAGCUUCUUCUGGGUCUCCCAUAUGGGUGCAGGGGCCCAAGAAGCUGGGCCAUCUUCCACUGCAUUCCCAGGCCGUUAGCAAGGAGCUGGAUCUGAAGUGGAAAAGCCAGGACUUGAACUGGCGCCCAUGUGGGAUGCAGGCAGAGGCUUAACCUACUACGCCACAGCGCCAGCCCUGCAUGUUUUGUUAUUGACCAUAUAUUCAUCACUUUAACAUUUCAUUUCCCUUGACUCUCUUUCCUCCAAUUCUGUAUUUGAUUUUCACAAUUGGUAUAAUUUAAAAAUUGUGCUAAUACAAGUAGCUAGUCCCUUCUCUCUGAGAAAGGUUUUAGGAUUAAAACAAACUCAAGUAUUCAGCAUAGUAUAUUUCUUAGUUGACUUGUUUUAGUCAUCAGAAAAUAUUAUUUUAGGUACUUUAAGUAUAUUUACAAGGAAAAUGAGGCUUUAAACAGACCUCAGUAUUUAACACUGUACCCAGUAGCAGUGAGCAGGUUUAGAACCCACAUUUUGGUUUCUAAAUGCCAUUACCCAUGAACAGGAACCAGGAUUCCUUCGAGAAAUGGCUGAUUUCAUGUUUGGAGCAGGAGCAAAACUAUAAGUUUUGCCUGGAAUAUCUUUUUAUGAAGGAAAAAUAAUUCAGGAUGGCUUUUGAGGACUAAUGGGGUAAUGUCUGAAGCACACAAGAGUGAACUUACAGGUGCUUGCACUGGCCCUGUUUAGGAAAUCAACAUCAAGAAUCACUGCAAUACACUACAAAGAAGAUUUACAAUAGUUAAAGGGGAAAAAAAAGAAGAAGAAGAAAGUAAGCUCUUCAUAAAAUUAUUUGAAGAACUCCAUCUUUCAAAUGUACUAUUUUACAUCCCUUAAUGUAAUUAAAUCUGGCAAAAUCAAUGGAUAGUAAAACCAAUAGGUGAAAAAAAGUUUUAAGGAACAUUUUCAUGGUAUCAAAAAGAUUACAGAUGCAAUUUAUAAGAGAGAUUGGCUUUUGGACCUGUCAAGCUGAGUUUUACUGCUGUGGGCAAGUUGGUAUUAAGGCUCCUAACAAGAUGCAGUGUGAAGAACACAGUUAUCUCUGAGGUGUGGCCAACAUGUGUAACCAAACUCCAACUAAAUCUCUUAUCUAGACUCAUCCUCCUCUUUACUAGAAAUACAAAGAAUAGAAGAACAAGUUUAGUUAUACAGUGAGAAAAUAGAUAAAUCCAGAGUUUGGGACAUUGUAUGUGAACAACUGCUCUGGACUUUUCAAAAAGCCAGUAUAACAAAAAGUAGACUGUGGUGGAGUAAGACAUGCAAGAGGUAACCAAAUCCAAAGUGUGAUCCUUCAUUGGCUUCUGAUUUAUAUUGAUUAAAGCAGCUUUCAGAUAUGUUUGGGGGAUAUUUGUGGUAAUAUGAAGAUGGAAUGCAUUAGUUAAUGUAGUGGGUUUAGUUUUCAUCGAAGUGAUAAUGGUAUUGAUAUGUAAUGUAAUGUCCUUAGGAGAGGCAUGUAGGAUUUAAAGAUCAAAAAGUCAUGAUGUUUUCCCUACAUUUUCAAAUAAAUAUGUAAAACAAGUCAACUGCUGUUGAA